GAUACAUUGCGGUUUUGAUCCUUUCAAAUACGGCCUGGUUAUUUAACCUACGUUAGGUUAGGGCGCACUGUUAGCUAGCAAGCCAUCAUUCGUCUGUUUGGCCAAAUACUUAUUAUUUUCCACGGUUUAUUUAGAGGUAUUCCCACUUGACGAUAGUGCAAUGUCGUCGUGGGCACCAGGCGGCAGACGGCCUCAACCCAACCCAAAUGGAGGCAGUGUUAAACCUCUUCGGCCUUUUCGAAGACCAGCACCAUACCCCGUGAGAGAAGACAGGACCGACGACCACAAGGAUUCUGAGAGUUACGAGGAGUUGGACCAACAGCAUGACUACUCCGGUAACAAUAUGGACUAUGAAGGAUAUCAACAUCAACAAAAUGCUUCUCCCAAAGUUUACAAUGCAGCUGACAAACGUAGCGCCCUCUACCAGCGGUUCUAUAAGCAACUCCAGGAGAAGACACCUGCCGACUGUGUGGUUCUGUCUGUGAGCAACCAGAGCACGGAUUACCCCAAAUCUAUAGGCCACUGUUUGCAGGACCGUGGCCUCUCGGUGGAAAUGAUUUACCUGCAGGCGGAGUCGGGCCUGACCCGGGCCCUACAAGAUGUCCGCUCCGACGGUUCCCCCUUAUGUAUUCUCGUCGAACAGACUAACGUAGCUCUGUCCUCGUGCACAGUAAUCAUAUUUUCAGAAUCCCUCAAAAUCCACCGCAACAUGCCCAAGGACCAUGCCAUGGACUUUGUGAUGGCGGAAUAUGGCCGUGGGCUUGGGGAGCGGACGCAGCAGAAGGACCCUGCAGAAACAGGGGCGCGGGCGGCCGAGCUGGUGGAUGACUACCUGGAGAGAGAGAAAGUGGAGAGGCAUGCUGUGCCCUCUGACACCCGCCAGCUGCUCUUCUUCCUGGCCGAGGGAGUCCACCUGUACCCCGAGGAGAUGAGCACCAUCGCGGAGUAUCUUCGCAACCGCCAGGACCAUCUGCAAGCCACGUCUGAGACUGGUGAUGGCCCCCGGCCUGAGAGGAAGAAGAUGUUGCCUCCAGGUUUAGGAAAACCUCCACCGCUGCUACCCACCCCCUCAGGCCCUCAUAGCAGAGAGCCACACCCUGGGAUGGGAGAGCACCCUGCCACCCCCCUCAUGACUCCAGGCUCAUACCCCAAGACCAAGCCGCCUCCACUGCUGUCCAUGCACCAGGGACAGGGGCUAUCUCAUCGUCCCCCUCAUGGUCCCCCUCCCCCUCAUGGCCCCCACGGUCCACUACCUCGAGGACCCUCACACCACCAUGGCCCCCCUCCCCCCCGAGGGCCCCCUCCCCCCCGUGGUCUUCCACAGAGUGGCCCCAUGCCCCCACACGGCACCAGAGGAGCCCCACCAUCACUGAAGAGCCUUCACAUGGGACCCCAGCCUGGGCUGCUCCCCUGUCCAGGUGGUCUGCCUCCACACCCUAACACACCCAGGCGCUGAGAGAAGAACACCUCUUGACCACCAUGGACAGACAGCAGAAAGCAUUAGAGCUGAUCAGGAAACACUGUCAUACUGGCCUGAGGAGUGGGAUCUCCUUCAGCUCAGUGCCCUGCUGCUGCUCUCUCAGGACCCCACACUACCACUCCUUAUCUCAGAGCCCUGUAUAGAUCGUCUCUGUCUCUGCAUCCAUAGUUUAGCAAGCUGAAAUUGAAUUUUAUUUCACUAUUUGGGAGUUCAGAGCUCAAUUUUUAUGAGUGUUUGAGUUGACCCACAAUAAUGUUCAGGAGCCAAGUCAGAACAAAUAACAUCUUAUUUUUUGUAUUGCAUUCUCAGAUUCUUUUUUUUUUUUUUUUUUUUUUUUAAUCUGAAAAUUGGCUAUCAAAUAUUAUAAUAAACAAUAGAUUAAAGGCUAAUCAAUCUCAUAUCUUUUGCGAUCAUCUCAUCACACUCAAUGGUCUGUCUUUGGAACCCAGAUUUGUCCUAGGAGGAUAUGAUGCCAGUAUGCUAUCAAUUUAAGAACAUAGUAAGCAAUUCAUGGUAAAGUCUGCACCUGUUGUAUUUGGCGCAUGUGACAAAUAUAAUUACAUUUUAAUCUCGUGAUAAAUAUGAAGGUGAUAUGUUCAGGAGCAGGUCUGAGCAUGUGGUUAUCAGCUUCAGUAUUUAUUUUGUUAACUAAGUAAAUUGGUAAUGAUACUGGAGUAAAAUUAGCUAAUUAACAAGAACGGAACUCCGUUUCUUAGGCUCUAUUUAAAAAAAAAUUCUGCAGGUGUUUUAUUAGAAUAAAACAUUCCAUUUUAGCUUUUUAAGUUGGCGGUCUGAGAGAAAUUAAUGCUGUUUUAGAGAACUUAAUGUUAAUUCCUUUUUCUGUGUUAUCUCCCAUGAUCAAAUAAAAAAUGUAGCACCAAUCAUCA